GGCCGGAGGAGCUUCGGCCCUUCACGGUCGCCCAGGACUGCUCUGCAGCGCCCGGCAGCGCCGAGCAGCGGUCGCUUUGGGCCGCGGCAGCCGCGCCCCAGGCAGAAUGCCUCCUACCCAGGCAGAAAGUGUUAUAAAGAAUAUCAUUCGAGAAAUAGGACAAGAAUGUGCAGCUCAUGGAGAAAUUGUUUCUGAAACUCUAGUUGCUUUUAUGGUGAAAGCUGUUGUCCUGGAUCCAAGUAAUGGCUUUAACAUGGAUAGAACCCUCACGAAAAGUGAUGUGCAGAAACUUGUUAAGCUUUGUGUGACUCGACUAUUGGAUAAUAAAAAUCCAUCCCUGGACACCAUUAAGAUGCAAGUCUACUUUGAUAUGAAUUAUACAAGUCGAGAAGAAUUUCUGCAAGAACAUCACCGGGUUCUGGAGUCUAGAUUAUGCCCUGUUAGCAGAGAAAUUACAGAUAACAGAGCAACUGCUAGAGAAGAAUUGGAAAGCCUUUACCGAAAGAUUGUCAGCUACGUGUUACUGCACUCUGGCCUUGGAUCCCCUACAGAUAUCAGGAUUGUUAGAGAGGCAACAGCUGCCCUACAGAGUGUUUUUCCUCAGGCUGAGCUUGGGACAUUUCUAACUCUUUCAAAAAAGGACAAAGAACGACAGCUGAAAGAACUAAGCAUGAUAGUUACUGGAAUUCGUUUAUUUAACCGAGACUGUGGAAAGGGAGGAGAAGGCAUUGAUGACUUGCCUGCUAUUCUACGCGAAGCAAUUCCAGCCACCACUCGCCAUAUUGAUUCCCAGCUUCAGAUUGCCCAGGACCAGGCGUACCGCUACACAGCCAUCCUGGAGAAAGUAGCCGAGAACCCACUGCUGAGUGAAGAAUUUCAGUCCUCUAUGUUAAAAGAAGCACUGUAUAAUGUGCGGCAAUAUGAGAUCUUCCUUCAGAUCAUUUUGUCAGAUAUAAUUACUUGUGCUCAAGAAGUGGAAAUGAUGGUAAAGCAGUUGGGAGCCCAACUGGAGCAAUUAAAAAUGACGGUUAAAUCUAAGAGUGCUGUCCCAACAUCACAAGUCUUUCCCAUCUUCAUUGCACUUUCUAAUCUGUGGACUGGUUUUCAGGACGAAACUGUUUUAAUUAGUGUCCUCACUAAUUUAACUACUCACCUUGCGCCCUUUCUGGGCUCUCAUGAACUACUCUUUCCUGAGAAAGUAUUGCAAGAUCUUCUUGAAGGAGUAACUGUGAAAACUGAUGUGUGUAGAAUGAAAGAACACAUGGAGAAUAGAGUACAACUGGUGGAUUUCAGAAAACUAGAAUGGCUUUUCCCUGAAACAACAGCAAAUUUUGAUAAGUUGUUAAUUCAGUAUCGGGGAUUUUGUGCUUACACGUUUGCUACAACAGAUGGUCUUCUCCUUCCAGGAAAUCCAGCAAUUGGAAUUUUGAAAUAUAAAGAACAGUAUUACACUUUCAAUACGAGAGAUGCUGCAUAUUUAUUUGCAGAAAAUCCUGAAAAGUAUAUUGAUUUAGUUAGAGAAAAGGCGAAAAAAAAUGCAGAAUUGAUUCAGUUACUGGAACUUCAUCAACAGUUUGAAACUCUCAUACCAUAUUCCCAGAUGAAAGAUGUUGACAAACAAUAUAUAAAACCAAUUACAAUGUGUGAAAGUAGUACACAGACGGAUACACACAUAUUGCCACCAACGAUUGUAAGAUCAUAUGAGUGGAAUGAAUGGGAAUUGAGAAGAAAAGCUAUAAAACUGGCCAAUUUGCGUCAGAAAGUGACUCAUUCGGUACAAACUGAUCUUAGUCACAUGAGAAGAGAAAAUUAUUCACAGGUGUACCCAUUAAAGGAUGUUGGUACUCAAUCUAUGAGAGAAGGCAGUACCCGAGUACCCAGACCCCAGAUUUACUUAGCUGGUCUCCGUGGGGGACAGACUAAAACCACCUUCGGGGUCAAGGUGAACUUAACCAGAGCUGUUGAUGAAACCUAGAGACCAUAUGUUAAAAAUAUGAACAAUGGUAAAUAUUGAAAAAAAAAUUUCCAUCCAUGAAAAUAAGUUAAUUUUGUGGGACUGGCACAUUCAUUGAUUGUAUGAAUGUUCUUUCGAUUCUCAUUUACAUUCACUGUCAAUCUGCUAUGAAACAUUAAAAGUUGUUUUCUGUAUUGCGUUUCAUUUCAUUAAAAUUGUAAAGUAAGAGUCCAUCAUUUGUUUGUUAAAAAAGU